AUGGAAACGGAAUUAUUCAAUGAUUGUAAUAAUAUUUUUUCAUCGUACUUGGAUUCAAAUUAUCCUGAUACAAUAAAUCAAAUUGAUAGUGAAGGUCUUGUUGAAUUAAGACAUCCAUUUGAACAAAAAUUCAAUGAUUAUAUGAAGGAACUAAAUAUUAUAUCACCAAAUUUCAUACCACAUUCGAGUGAUCAUCUGCCAGGAGUAGUAGAAUUUAUUAAAAAAAUAACUGAAAAUGGCUUUGGUUAUGGGUGUCGUUAUGACUUAACUGAAGUAUCAACAACAACAUUAGCUGCUAAUCAUUAUGAUAUUGAUUUUGGAUCACACGACUUUGAGGAUGGUCAUAACAACACUGAACCAAUUAGUAAAUGA